ACAACAAACACACACGUUUCCUUUCUACUGAAACCCCAAAACCACCAUUCCACGGACAGAGCACAACGUCCACCACCCACCGACGACGACGGCGUCCACCAACUGCAGAACAGAACCAGACAACCAGCCCCCAAUAUCUCUAAUUUAGGUCCACCCCUGAUGAUGAUGAUGAUGAUGGCAAAUGAAGUAGGAGGUGCGAGUACAAAUAUGCCAAAUUGGCUUGCACUUCCAAGAGACAUCACGGUGAACAUCCUUCAAAGGCUUGAUACUAUUGAUGUAGUAACAAGUGCAUGUCAAGUGUGUCCUCUAUGGUGGAACAUUUGCAAGGAUCCUCUUGUGUGGCGUACCAUGCAGAUUAACAUGACCAAUCGUCGCUUUUUUUCACGCUUCUUUCCUCCAGAUUUGGUGAAGAUUUGUCAUUAUGCUGUUGAUCGAAGUUGCGGAUUUUUGAUAGACAUUGAUAUUGAGUUUAUUGGCACCGAUCGUCUCCUUCAAUACAUAUCCGAGAAUGCUAGUAACCUUCGAUGCAUGAAGCUGGUAGAGUGCUCGAAAAUUUCAGAUAAAGGAUUCAGCGAAGCUGUGAGGAAACUUCCGCAUUUAGAGGAUGUGAACAUUUCAAAGUGCAACCUAUCAAAGGAUUCUCUUGAAGUCCUAGGCCGAUCUUGCCCUAGUUUAAAAUCUCUCCAAUUUGCGAAAGCACGUCCUUCAUUCAUGUUAGGUUCUGAUGAUACCGAGGCUCUUAUUAUUGCAACAAUGUCAACACUAACCCGUCUUGAUAUUAAAGGAAAUAUGCUCACUAAUGCUGGUCUCCUCGCCAUUCUUGAUGGAUGUCCUCUUCUCGAGUCGCUUGGCAUUGAGGAAUGUUAUCAUCUGGAUUUGAGUGGCAGUUUAAGGAAGAGAUGCCUUGAGCAGAUAAAGGAUUUACGUCUGCCAGUUCUUGAUAGCAAUUAUUAUCAUGUUAUGUAUAAUGGCAAUUCUAAUUGCCAUUCUUUAUGUGGAUUACUGUUAUGAGUAUCGUUUUGAUGCUUAAUUUUGAAGGCAACAGAUAUCAUGAUUUUCUGUUUUUAACUGUUGUUAUUUUUCAUUUCUAUUAAUGAAUAGUUGAAGUACUUUAUUAAUCAGAUGGAUAUUAUCUAUGCUUUUA